CAUCAUGAAACGUACCGUUAAGAUUGCAAGCGGGGUCACGCUCAACGCGGCUGUUGUUGCGCGUUCAACACGACAUGAACUUAUCAGUGGUCUGCAGACGCCCGUGAAGUUGUGCUUUAUAAAGCUCUUCGGAACAGGCGUCGUUCAGAACUUCUCACACAGCGCCAUUGCAAGGGCCAGGUAGCGUUCACCGAGGAAAGUCAAGUUACAGGACUAAUACUCGCUCCAACGGCACUCUAGAAACAACGGUGCAACUAGAAUAUUUAUUAGAAAACAUGGGGCCGGCGAAAUUCCUUGCCGUCAUCGCUUUUUUCUCUUCAUACUGUGCUGCAAUGGUCUACAGGACUGAUGCUCCAUGUGACUUCACGGACGUCCACCUAGACGAAGAAAUACUCUCCGAGCUGCUCGACAAGCUUCCAGAAGGUUUUGAGUCCGGACCACAGGAGUUCCGCUCGGCGUUCCCUGGAAUUGAGAUUGGUGGACUCACUGUACAUGGCUUGAGAAAACUCCGCCAAUUCGGGCCCCCAAUUCCUUAUUGCGCCAAAGGAAGGCGCAUGGUGCAAAUGGACCUCUACAAUGAUGACCCGAUAUAUUUCUCCGCGCCAUGGAAGGCUUGCUCAGGCGAUCGAGGACAGCUCAUGCUUCGCUCCGCGUUCUUGCGGUUCACAGCCCAGUUUGCUAUUGUCGAGUCCUCUGGUGAAGGCGUGAAGCUUGAAUUCGAGCGUGCUCUUCCUGUUACAACGCAGAGCAUCCGCGUUGGCGUCAAAGGAGCUGGACGUGGCCUGAACAACAUUUUUCAAGUUCUGAGCGCACUCCUACCAAGCGUUGCUGAAGAAUUUUGGAACGUGCAAUUUUCGCAUUAUCUUGCCAGAGCCUUCCGUAUGGCCCUUGAGUGAAAUGUGCGUAAGGAAAUAUAUCGGUGUCACCACACGAAACCUAAACCUAGACAGCCAAUGAACACAAGCAGAACAGUGGUGAGCGUUUGUUGG